UAGGCAUAAAGGACAUUGUCCGUUGUUUCUCCUGUGGAGGAUGUAUGGAGAAUUGGGUGGAAGGUGAUGACCCAAUAGAAGAACACACCAAGUUUUUUCCCAACUGUGUGUUUCUUCAAACACUGAAGGCCUCUGCAGACGCGAUUCCAGCCCCUCAGAGCCACUGCGCACGUCCAGAAGCCAUGGAAACCACAAGAGAAAGCAACCAUGAGGAUGGAGUGGCAGUUCAUUCUUCUGUGGCAGACUUGGGUCAGAGUGAAGCCCAGUGGUUUCAAGAGGCCAGGAGUCUGAGUGAGCAGCUGAGAGGCACCUACACCAAAGCCAGUUUCCGCCACAUGAACCUGCCAGGAAUUGUUCAGCCUCGCACUGACCCCACUUGCUUGGCUGCAGGUGUCCUCAUUUCAAAAGCAUGUCACCCGGCCAGUGCAAGUGGCCCUGACGAUCCCCGAGGUGCCAAUCUUAGCUCUGUCAUGUGUGUGGGGGGAGGCUGGCAGUGGAAAGACAACCUUCCUGAAGAGGAUGGCUUUUCCUCUGGGCAUCAGGAUGCUGUCCCUGUUGAACAGGUUCCAGCUGGUCUUCUACCUCUCCUUCGCUCCAUCAGAGCAGACCAGGGACUGGCCGACAUCAUCUGUGCCCAGCUCCCAGAGGCAGGAGGAUGCAUCAGUGAAGUGAGCCUGAGCAGCGGCAUCCAGCACCUACAACACCAGGUCCUGUUCCUGUUGGAUGACUACAGUGGGAUGGACUCCCUCCCCCAAGCCCUAGACACACUGAUUACCAAAAACUACUUGUCACGGACCUGCUUACUGAUGGCCGUCCAUACCAACAGGGUCAGGGACAUCCGCCCAUACCUAGAUACAGUUCUACAGAUCAAAGAGUUUCCCUUCUAUAAUACUGUCUAUAUAUUAAAGAAGAUCUUCUCACAUGACAUAAUUCGUGUGCGAAGAUUUAUAUGCUACUUUCAUUUUCAUAAAUAUUUACAAGGAAUUCAAAAAACACCUCUCUUUGUGGCAGGAGUAUGCACUGACUGGCUUCAAAAUCCAUCUGACCAGCCCUUUCAGGAUGUGACCAUUUUCAAGUCCUACAUGCAAUACCUGUUCUUAAAGCACAAAGCUACAGCUGGGCCUCUCCAGGCCACCGUGUCCUCCUGUGGGCAUCUGGCCUUGACAGGGCUUUUCUCAUCGAGCUUUGAGUUCAGUAGUGAUGACCUCGCAGAGGCAGGAGUUGAUGAAGAUGAAGAGCUCACCACCUGCUUGAUGAGCAAAUUCACCGCCCAGAGGCUGAGACCAGUCUACCGGUUUUUAAAUCCUCUGUUCCAAGAGUUUCUUGCUGCCAUGAGGCUCUCAGAACUCCUAGGUUCAGAUAGUCAAGAAGACCAAGAUCUGGGACUGUAUUAUUUGAGACAAAUUAACUCACCUCUGAAGGCUAUGAGCAUCUACCACACUUUUUUGAGGUAUGUCUCCAACCACCCUUCCUCAAAGGCAGGGCCAAAAGUUGUAUCUCAUUUGCUUCAGUUGGUGGAUGAGAAAGAGUCCCCAGAGAACAUGUCUGAAAAUGAGCAUUACAUGAAGUUCCAUCCAGAAACUUUGCUGUGGAGUCAGUGUCUUAGAGGGCUGUUGCAGCUGUCUCCUGAAUCUUUCUCUUUGUUCAUUUCAGAACGUUUAUUGAGCAUUGCCCUAAACUUUGCUUAUCAAAGCAACACAGUUGCUGCAUGCUCUCCAGUUAUUUUGCAGUUCCUUCAAGGGAGGACACUGGAUUUGAAAGUACUGAAUUUACAGUACUUUUUGGACCACCCAGAAACCCUGUUAUUAUUGAAGAGUAUUCAGGUCUUAUUUAAUGGGAAUAACAGGGUACAGAGAAUUGAUUUUUCUCUCAUGGACAAAUCUUUUGAAAAAAUACAGCCACCAACUAUAGAUCAGGACUAUGCCUUUGCCUUUCAACCUAUGAGUGAAUGCCAGAGAAAUUUAGCUGAAAAGGAAAACAUAAUAAAGAACUAUGAUGAUAUGAAAUAUCAGGAUCCACUAAAUAUUAGUAGUGGCUAUUGGAAACUAUCCCCCAAGCCGUACAAGAUCCCUAGGCUGGAAGUUGGAGUGAACAACAUGGGUCCGGCAGACCAGGCACUGCUCCAUGUCCUAAUGGAAAUCUUCUCAGCUUCACAGAGCAUUGAGUUCCAUUUAUUCAACAGCAGUGGCUUUCUUGAAAGCAUCCGCCCAGCUCUGGAGCUGAAUAAGACCUCUGUCACCAAGUGUUCCAUGUCCAGGCUGGAGCUCAGCAGAGCAGAACAGGAGCUGCUUCUCACCCUGUCAGCCCUGCAGUCUCUUGAGAUGUCUGUCGGCGCCAGCACCGACAAGAAUGUGAACAAUAACAACACUAGUAGACAUGCUAGGAUGGAAGAAAGAACUCUCACAGAUUCCAAGCCCUGGAAAAAGAACUAUAGACAACUAGUAAUUAACGAGAGAGGAAGAGUUAGGGAUGAGCUCCCAUACCGAUAUGACCAUACCUGA